UCCAUGAACCAUGAGCCCGUAUUUUAAAUUAUUUUUUAUCCUAUACUUCGCGAGUACUCUUACUAAUGGAGAGAUUGACAGAACGAAACCAUGCUACGGACAUCAAGCGAACUUUGACAUGCAGGAGGUUUUGGGUACUUGGUACGUGGUGGCCCUCAUCCCGAACAAUGGUUUUCCGAAAUUGAGACGGAUAUCUUGCUAUAAGAUGGAUGUGAGUGAAACAGAUGAGGCCGGUCUUAGGUGGCUCAUUAGCAGGAAAGUACACACACCCAGUCAAGAAAUGAUACAAAAUAUCAAAGGAACUAUUGUUCGACAAAGAUAUCAUUCCGAGAAACCUUUCGACAUAUGGUCUAGAGCAAUUAAUGGCAUCAACGGUUGCUUCCGUCAACUUUUCUCGUUAGAAACAAACAAAACAAGCUUAUCGGAUGCAGAAAACUUGGUGACAUACAUGCAACUGCAUAUCAUGGACACUAAUGAUGGUACCGGUCCGUACUUGGUACAGAUUAUGUGGGGAAAAUUGAUUUCUGCCGUAAUUUACCGUCGAGAGGAAGGUGUUUCCAUGGAAAGUCUUUUGCCGAUUCAUGAUUUCCUGAGCAAAUUAAAAGGAUAUCAGUUGCAACCAUUGAUUUGUACCAAACUGGAAAAAGAAUUAGAGCCGCCAGCGUUUCAACGACCCUAAUAAUAUGAACUCUUUUUUUAUAUUAAAUAAUAUUUGAAGAUCGUUUAUCUUAAUUCGAACAUAUCGCAAAUAAUCCUGUAAUUAUUAAUAAGUAAUAAUCAUUUUUAUUUG